AUGGUUGAUGCACCUACCUCUCAAACGAAAACUCCAGAGCCCGCUUCAAGCUCAAGAAAGGAGGAUAUGGACGAUACUAGCGAAGAAGACGAUGGUAUGGCUUUCGAUGAAGCGGAGUUCCCUGACCUUGCAGAAACGUUCGAAAAAGAGAAGGCCCGACUGGAAUCUAGCAAGAUAGACUUAAGUUCGAAGUAUCUGCGCCCCGAUACACCGCUGCGGCAGCUUACACGCCUUGCUGGAAUCACGGUGCACGACCUCAAAGUCGAUAACGAGUUCGCCGAGCCUGAGACACUACCCCUAGCAGCAGUUCCAACCACUGAGACGUCUGGGGUGGAUCAAGGUCAGGAGUUCAGUUGGCAGCUUACGGCCGUGCGUCGACAGAGCCCCGAGUCCGUCCUUACCCCGAAGACGGAAGAACCUGAGGACAUUAUUAUGUCUGACGGCCCCACAAUUCCCAAAGAAAUCACUGAUGACCGUGAAGACAGUUUGGAUAUGAGCUCGCUUCCGUUCCUUGCUAAGGGUCCGCCGACGCCAUUGUCAGACAAGGACCAGGAUCAUUUUGCCCGUAAUCAAGAUCACGUUGAGAUGGUUAGGGAAGAACUUGGUCGGCGCUUCCUCUCUGCAAAAGCGGACGAGGAGCGACUCGAGAAGGAUUUUGUCGCAAUGUACAGGCUGUGGAAACGAGAGUUUCUGCGGAUGUACAGAGCGGAGGAGGCUGAAGAACUGGAGAGGCAAAAAUCGGCUGAGCCUCUUCCUCCAGUGGCUACCACGGAACCUAUAGCCACCCCUCUACCAACUCCAUCGAUUGAAGGCGGUCGUCGCGCUCACAAGUUUAGCAGCGAGUAUGAUAUCCAGCUGGCGAUGCAAGAGUCCAUGAGGGAAGCGGAAGAACUUCGGCAGAGGCAAGAGCGAGAAGCAGCGGAGGCCAAGUCUGGAAUGGAGAAAGAAGCAGAAUUGCCCGAUCUGUUGACCGCAGAAGAAGCCAGCAAGCGAAGGUUCAUCGAUACCAACCAGCUUCGACAACCUGGCCAAGGGACAACGGCCUUCGACCUUGAGCCGCCGGAAGACACUUUCACUCCGGAAGAGCACAAACUGCUGGUGCAGGCCUAUCAAGGCAAUCCGAAGAAGUGGGGCAAACUUGCCGAGUCGCUACCGAACCGUACGUACAAGGAAUGUAUUACCCAUUACUACGCGACGAAAUGGGCCAGAGAGUACAAAGCCAAGGAUGGUCGGAAGAAGGCUACCAAGUCCAGAAUAGGCGUGAGGAAGGGGCCCGCUCGGUUGAAGUCAAGCAACUUCUUAGCGGACUUAGGGCGUAGACCGGACACUGAAGAGGAUGACGCAACGCUUGCCACCCCAAGCGCCGUUUCUACUGACCGCAGUCGGCCUCGGCGCGCCGCCGCGCCCAUCUUUGGUGACAAUAACUCAGAGUUGGAAGCUACACCUGUACCUACACCAGGGAGAAUGAGGGGGGUGACCGCUAGAGAAAACAAUGGCGAAGGUACUGCAGAGAAGCCGAGGCGCACAAGGGCUGCGAAAGAGAAAGUACCGCGAGGGCGAGGAAAGAACCAACCGCUUGCUGCCGCACCCUUUCCUAGUGGCGUCUCACCUCAGAAAGUUGACAAAGAGCGAAAGGAAAAGUUUUCUACUCUAAAGACCGAAGAAUCUCUCCUUACCGCAAGACAGCUGGCUGAGGAGCAUGCUUUCGCCGCAAUGCAGCAACCACCACGCCCGACUGAGCAACAGACAGGCUACUUUGAUGCAAUUAGCACGGUAGCGGCGCCAGCGGCGGUGUCAGAGAGGCCAAGGGCUUACAGUAAUCAGUCCCGGGCUGGGCCAUCCAGCUACUGGUCUGUCACUGAGACGACGGACUUCCGUAGGUACCUUGCGCAUUUUGGUACUGACUUCAACGCGAUUGCUAGUGCAAUGGGUGGCUCCAAGACGGUUCAAAUGGUAAGUCCCGUUGUCAACAUGCCGGCUUAUUUCAAGUGGAAGAAACUUACAACCUAA